UGUGCUGUGUUUUGUCUCCCUGUCAGAGAUGUGGUACUGGGUGUUCCUGUGGUGUCUCUUCUCCUCGCUCUUUGUCCACGGGGCGGUGGGGCUGCUCAUGUUGGUCAUGCUGCAGCGCCACAAGAGGGGCCGCCUCAUCACGCUGGUGCUGGUCAGCGUGGGUUUCCUCGCCUCCCUCUCCGGAGGCGUCAUCACCAGCGCGGCGGUGGCGGGGGUGUACCGUGUGGCAGGGAAGGACAUGGCACCACUGGAGGCUCUGGUGUUCGGCGUGGGCCAGACCACCCUCUCUGUCAUCAUAUCCUUCUCACGCAUCCUGGCGACUUUGUGAAGCAAACCCUCGACGUCCUGAUGGACAGACGCUGAGACGAGAGCGAAUGAAUCGAGCCAAUCUGAGACUUGUAGCUGCUCAUCAUGGUGGAGUUUGUGGAAGGAGAGGAGGUAAAAAUUGCUCUGGGCCUUUGGGGCUGGAUGCAGGUGUGAGCGCUCCCCAGUGUCCGUGCUAUGUUACUGCCACAAUCACAGAGGGAACUCAAUGCAGGCCGGGUGACAGAGAGCAGCCCCAAGGCGGACACGGCGGCAUCCUCAGCUUCUGGACUUGAAAGCCAUGUUGUGGGUGUUUUCAGAGUUACAUCACUUCUUUGUGCCAACAGCCUUCUCUGGUACAUCCAGAUGCCUUUGUGGCCACUGACUCCUGAAGGCUUUCUGUUGCAAAGUUGGGAAAAAACAAACCUCUUUUUUCAAAAACAGCAGAGUGACGACAUGUAAUGAUGAUCUGACGAUCUCCUUUGGUGAUCAGCGUGAGAACAAAAGUAGAGCAAUGAAGGCAUGUUUAGGGAGUGACAACCCAAAAGUGUUCAUCAGCAAAAACGCAAUUUCUUCAGUAUUAGACGUCAGCCUCACCUCAAGGUCUUUACAACGUUCAAGAUUAUCAUGAUCAUUCCUGUUCCUUGGAUGGUUCAGCUUUAAAACCAUCUAACUCACGAGCAAGAUGCAGCUUUGAAUUUUGCACUUUGUAAACGUUGGAGACGCUCUUUACCUAAGAGGUGUGAAAUCAGUAGACGUGGAGGAGAAAACCAGCAUCAGUGCUACAUUUGGUUUGAUGAAAUGUUGACUGAUUGUGUGCCAAUGAGAAUGCCAGUUGGAGUUAAAGAAAUCUUUUGACAGGAAUAUGCUUAUCUUGCUGAGAGUUAGAUGAGAAAAUUUAUGCCACUUUGUGUGAAGCUACAGCCAGAAGGCAGUUAGCUUAACUUAGCAUUAAGACUGGAAACAGCUAGCCUGGCUGUGUGAAAGCAGCACCUCAAAAGCUCACUCAUUAACACUUUGUAUAUUUAGUUUGUUCAGUCUAAAAACGGCAAUUUGCAGCUUUACAGGGGUUAUUUGCCUGAUAAUUAUGUAUCAUAAAAUCCACCACAUAACCCCCCGUAAAACAGCAAAUUGAUAUUUUUACAGUUCAUGUUAAACAAACGAGAAACAACGCAUUAAUCCAUUAACUUUAGAGGUGCUGGUAUGCAGAUUUUGUUUCCAAUGGACAGAGCCGGGCUAGCUGUUUCCCCCUGUUUUCAGUCUUUAUGCUAAGCUAGGCUAACUGUCAGACAUGAGUGUUAUUAAUGUACUCCUCUAACUCUCAACAACAAAGUCAUUAAGCAUAUUUCCCAAAACAUGGUUCGGUUUACAUUGAGCUGGUUUGAUUCAGGUCUGGUUAGCGUAAGAUCAGGAUCAGGGUCCUCCUAUUCAGGUUUUGAGAAAGAUGUACUGGUAAUAAAAAGGGUUGUUUUGCUGUUUGAGUUUCAUCUUUGAUAUAUUUUCAGACAAACUAUUGAGAGUCUGUUGGUCCUAGUGCACAUUCUCUGUAAUAACUUUGGAAUCCAGCCUUUCUCGGCCCACCGUCACAUUACUAACGUCCUCUGCACUGCUACAGCAUAAAAUCCCCCAUGGAAAGCCAUCCCUCCCCGGAGAAGGUCAGACAGAUUCUGCUGCUCAGGCAGCCAUUUUUCUAUGGCUCCCUCUGUUUCUUUGUUUUGUUUAUUAACCCAUGCUCCUUAAGUUUAAUGUUGCAUAUUGCACUGAAAUUAAUCGGCCUUGUUUUAGCACAGUGUGCGAUGAUACUACUCUGGUGUGAUCCCAAUCCAGUAAUCAGUUAUUAUACACAGAAAUCAGUCACAAUAGACACUGAUCAGCUUUUUGGUAAAGCUAACUGUAAAAGAUGAAGAAUGUGCUUGAAGUUACUGUAUUUACUCGAAAAGGUUUAUGGUGUUGAUGCAUCAGUUUGAGUUCUUCAAUGAUUGAAGAAAAGGAAGAUAGACUGAUUUUAAUGCUCAUUACUUGGCCCAUAAGUCCUCCCAAAAUUCAAACAGAUUCUCUUGUGCACAGCUCUAAACCCAGGGGUUCGGUUGUAAUACCAAAGUAUCGCUCACAUCCUAGCUUUAUUUAACCUCUUUGUCUCAUUUAAUUGUUAUCACAGCCACAAUUUAUUCGUUUUUAUUCCGUUUUUAGAAACAUUUGCACAUUGGCUCCGGUAUCAGAUGGCCCCCAGAUUUGUGGUGUAACUUCAGAAAACCACAGUUGAUUAAAAAAAAAAAAGAAGAUGUUUGUGUCGUCAAGAAUGUGUGCUGUGUGGGUUUGUAGCUCUAAAGGUAAGCGCUGUGUAUUUAUAGGAGUUAUGUAAUUGACACAACUCACCUUCAGUACCAGCUUAGCGCCGAAAGAGGGCGAUAUUGCACAGAAAUGAAGUGGCAGCCUGAAGAUGAGUGUGGAUUUUAAAAUGAUGAAAGUGCUACAGAGUGUUUUGUUACAGACAUUUGACAAUAAAUGUUUUCUAUCCUACCCCCCCACCCCCCCAAAUUAAAGCGUAAAAUUAUAGAGAAGUUGUCUGAAACCCCCCUUUUUAUCCACUGAACGCUCUGCACAUUGUCCGUACUACCUGUUUGAAUGUUUUAGCUCAAUUUCAGGGACCAAAUGUGAGUUGCUCCUGAUGACUCACCUGCUGUCAUAGCAAUGAUAUCUCUGUGAAGCUGUUUGUGGGGCCGUUUCUGCAUGUUUGUCUGUAUGAUUCAUAGGAGACACGUGACAAUGUGAGUGGUGUUGUUGUAUACUGUGUCGGUUUGUGCGGUUGUGCAUGUGAGUAGUAGAACAGGAUCUUAAUUUAUUUUCUUUCAUUAAAGGGGGCUGUUCAUAUUCCUUUUUUGGACCGCUUAAUUGUCAGAAAGAGCGAAAACCUAAUUAUAAGUGACGCUGUGUUCAGAGGAGCAGCUCACUGAACAAUGUCUUACAUAAUGUGUUGGAAACCUUUUUUAUUUGAUGUGUUAGAAAUGACUUUUCUGCCAACUAAACUGCAAGAACUGGACUGAAGUUGUUAGAUCAGUGCACUUACUCUACUUCCUGAGCUGUAUAUAGCCAUAGUGUAAAAAGUCUUCACCAGAAGUGUGAUAAAAGUGUAACCAAUAUGAGCGGAUAUGAACAAACUAACCAAUGGAUACUAUUUUGAUAUUCACACAGUUGGAGUAUUCACACCCAGUGCCAUGAUCAGUCAUGAUGAAUAUUGUUUGUUUUUUUCCGCUGAAGGUUCUGUGAUUCAGCCACCGCAAGUGUGUGUGUGUGUGUGUGUGUGUGUGUGUGUGUGUGUACUGCAAUAUCUAAGGAGACACCCAGCAACUAAUAAUCCCCUCUAGACUUUAAAAAUGCCAUCGCACUGCAGCGAGACGCCCAGCUCAAUAAUCCUGUCUUUUUCAUAGGCUUAUAACUAAAGCUGCCCCCUCAGUCUACUGUCAUCCAAAUGCCACAUAUUCCCCCCGGACACAUACUGUGUACUGCUGCGAUUGCAUGUGCAGUGCAGCGCAGAUAACGUGUGAAUGGACUAUACGGACAAUCCCACAAGACACAAUGUUGUACAAAAUCCAAAGUGGCACUUGUAGAUAAUGUACAAUAUGUUCUUUUUUAAUUUUUUUACCAGCCAAACUGCUGAUAUUUAUAACUAUUGCCUAUUUAUGUACAAAUUGUUCUCCUGUACAUUCUCAACAUUCAGUUGAAAUAAACAUCUUUUGCAGUAUAAA